ACAAAAAGUAAUAACAACAUCGAACAAGUCAGCUGGCGAGUAUAUCUACAUUUUACUUGGUGCACUGCACUUUUUGUUAACAAGUAGCCAACAACAACAACCGCAGCAUGUCGGAAAGAAAAGUUUUGAACAAAUACUACCCACCGGACUUUGAUCCGUCAAAGAUUCCGCGCAUGAAAUUGGCCCGCAAUCGGCAAUACACGGUUCGAUUGAUGGCCCCCUUCAAUAUGAGGUGCAAAACCUGCGGAGAGUACAUAUACAAGGGCAAAAAAUUCAACGCCCGCAAAGAGGACGUCGAGGGCGACACUUACCUGGGAAUUCGCAUCUACAGGUUUUACAUAAAGUGCACCAGGUGCCUGCAGGAGAUAUCCUUCAAGACGGACCCAAAGAACACCGACUACGAGAUCGAGGCUGGCGCGACAAGGAACUUUAUGGCUCUCAAACUGGCCGAGGAGCAAGCUCAACGCGAGGAGGACGAGGAGAAGGAAGAGGAGGCCACCAACCCCAUGAAGCUCCUGGAGAAGCGUACUCAGCAGUCGAAACAGGAAUUGGAUCUCUUGGAGUCUCUCGAGGACCUAAAAGAUCUCAAUAGGCGGCAGCAGACGAUUGAUUACGAUGUGAUGCUAGAGCAGUACGACACGAGUGCCGAGAGGCAGAGAACAGAAAAGGAGCAGGAGGAACUGGACGAGCAGCUGGUCAAGGAAAUAUUCAAAAACAAAAAGAGGACGAUCGGCAAAGUUGUGGAAGAAGAAACGGUCGAACUCGAGGACGAUGCAACUGCAACUACUGCUGCUGCUGCUGCUGCUGUUGUGACUGAUGAACCGUCCAAUAAAAUGCAAAAAACAGCACCCAAGGUAAAUUAUGCAAGUAUUGCAGACAGGAGGAAAAACUUGGGUAUUAGAGUGAAAUCUCAAGAGCAGCCUAAAAAUGUGGCAGUGGAAGCUAACGGUGUUGACAUUGUAAAUAAAGAUAAAGACAGUAGUGAAAAUUCAUCAAAAACAGACAGUGUAAGUACUCAAAAUACGACCAGUGGUCUUUCGUUGUUGGGUGCGUAUUCAGGGAGCAGUGAUGAAGCUUUGCAACGAGACCUUGCUGAAACAAAACCAAUUUCCUUACAAGAAGCUGAAUCCCCUAUUCCUAGAACAAAAAGACGAACAGGUAAGGAUUAG